CGUUAACGGAUUAACGGUGCCCAGCUCUGGCGCUGACCACCCACCGCGGCCCCGGCACUUGACAUUCUGCCCAAAUCCGCGCCACCACUUGAAGGGAAAUGAGAACUACUGAUAAUUUGUAAUCUGGCAACUCAACACACCAUAGACUGUAGAUAUUUUUUUUAAUAAGUUGCGUACAGUAUCAAAGGAUAUGAAACCUAUCAGCCAAUUCAAUUAUCGCGAUAUUUAUGAAUCGUUCAAUAUUUAUAGUUUUAUCUUUAUAUUUACCAUAUACACUUUUUCAUGUAUUAUAUUUAAUCAGAUAUGAAAAAUGGCAACUAUACUGUCAUUAUUGUGUGGUAUAUUUAGUUUUUUUUGAAUGACUGGAAUACCGCCUAUGACCGCAUGGCUCAACCAUGGCUCAAAAGUGAUGUGAUUGGUGAAAAUAAUAUUUAACAUCAGCGUAGCCAAUCGUAUAUAAGAGUUCAGAAUAAAAGUGUACGGAAGAGAUCAAAUAAAAAAAUAUAUUUCACGUACAAAAAACUACGUACGAAUGAUUUCCCAAUCUGAGCGAUGGCAGUAAUUUUCGCAUUGAUAAUUUGUUACAUCGCUUAUACGUUUCGUAAUUUGUAGCACAGUAGAAAGCCAGGAUAAAGGAAAUUGAAGUGUUAUGAAUAACAAAAAAUAUUUGAAGAUGUUGACCAAGUUGACGUAGCGCAGUGGGAGAGGUAUCACUAACUCGAUUACUCAAAUUGAGUUAUGAUUCCUUUGCAUAGGUCUCCAAUAUUUUUCUAAUUAGAAAAAAUUAGAUGGCAACGCAGUAAAAUGUGGCACUUUGAUGUGAUGAACGGGUCUGAUUUGCCUCCCGUAAGCGAGGAUACAUUUUGUAAACACAUUUUAAACUCGAGGAUAAAUAACUCAAGGGUCCGAAUUUGGGAUCUUAUUAUACUAAUACCGAACGCUCUGUUCGUGCUGUUCCUAGUUGUGAGGUUUAACAAGGCGCAGCUGAAGCUGCGAGCGACAAGUAGCCCGAUAUUCUUGACAUUUUAUUCGUUGGUGUGGGGCAACGUUAUAAUAAGUGUGGUGAGAUGUGCGGUGGCGAUGACGCUGAAUGCCCCCAUGCCGCUGGGUGGGCAGGUGGACAAGGUGUUGUGGGUCAUGGUGAAGUUUUUUUUAUUGGCUACCGAGAUGAGUGUUGUAAUCUUCGGGUUAGCAUUUGGUCACAUGGAUAGCCGGAGCAGUAUAAGAUAUGUCCUGUUGGCGACCUCCUUCAUAUCACUGGCUUUCACCAUAACUCAAGGAACGCUAGAGUUCAUGAAGACUGAUGAUGACACUUUGAUCGCCGGGGAUACAGACUUGUUUGAACAUGGAGGAGUACUGUUCUGGUUUACUUCAUCGCUUGUGUUUGCAUUUAUCUAUUUUCUGAUAUUGAUAUUGCCCUGGACACCACUGAGAGAAUAUUUGGCGUUACCAACGAAACUGUCCUUCUACCUAUACAUCCUCCUACUGGCGCUCCUCGACGCGACGCAAGCCGCCGGCGCGGGCAUGCUGCUGUGGGGCCCGAUACCCUCCGGGCUGUGCGUCGUGGACGUGACCACGUGGCUGUACUACUCGCUCUACACGCCGCUCGUGUACCACACAUUCCUCAGCGAGUUCUUCAGUGUAUCCCAGCCAAGCAUCAUGUUCUCAUACAAGGCGCAAAUGGACGAACCCCUAGACGACGAUCAAGUAUCGCUGCCACACCAGCAAAGCUUCAGCUCGCUCAAGACCGAUUCGGAUUACAUCUACCAGCAAAGCAACAGCGUGUACGACAGCACCCUGUUCGAGGCGGGCGGCACCACGCCCAUGAACCCCGUGUACUCGGCGUCGCUGCAGAGCCCGGACUCCAUCGCCUCCGCGCAGUCCACAUAACGAUAAGGUCACUCACUCAUCCAAAGAUAUUAGUGAUAACUGAUUACUUAGGUGCGGACGACGUUUUUGGGACAUAUUGUGAACGUGCAAUUUUAUAUUUUGACAAAAAAGAAAGUUUCUGAGCCUUGCUUUUUAAACCACACUGAAAUGACCGAUUGAUGGCCCCAAUUUUGCCAAAUGACCUGCCAUUUCAGUACAAGCAUGGUACUAAAGCAGGAUUACAUAGUAUAGGCCAGGUAGUGUCUGAGAUAUAGAAACAGAUUAUGAGAAAAGCUUUUUAGUUCGGACCCAAAACCAUAUCAACUUAAAUGCGUUCAUUUAAAAGAACCCAUUUACCCCAAAAACGUUAACGUCUGCGUAGUACCGUCAUAAAGAAAGAAAUAAUAAGAUGCACAAAGUGAUACAAAAUAUUUUCAAUUUAAAUGUAUAACGGUGUAACGCUCGUGUGUUGUAACGCUUGAAAAUAUAUCUCCAGCCUACUGUACGAGCCCAUACUUCGCCACCCAGUUCACCUGUAAAAUUGCGUCUAAAAUAUUUUUUACCGUUUUCUGCGUCUUAUUAUUCCUAUAUCUAUGUUAUCGUGUAACGAUUAGGAUUAAUAUAGUGCUACUUAAACUUAUCUCUAUCAAUUUCUAAAAUUAUUUUCUAUUGACCAUUAUGUAAAUACAAUUUAUUUUUGUGAUAUCGUGAGCCAGUGAUCAAACGAAUGACGAGACUGUAUGACACCGUUUCUGCUUAACUUUAACGCGGUUGUCACACUGAUGUAUCGCACCCCGCUCUGGUGUGUGAGCGAGACAGCGCUAUACACAUACGUUGUAUUUUUCAACGAUAAGCCAUCUUUGCGAGGCGGAUAAUACAAGACAUACUGGACAACUUUAACUAUAGGCCCAAACUUGAAAUCGUCAAAAAAAUUGUCUGUUUCAUACAUAUUGGCAGAUCAAAUGUACACGUUUUCUAUAAGGAGGCAAUGUUUUUUGAGAUUUCGGGGUUGUUCCCAUAAUAUAAGUUGAUCAGUAUGAUCUAUAUGUCGGCGGCUGACCGUAAGAUCAGGCAGAUCGUAAUGUUCCUGUGUAAUGUUUUGACGGUAGUCACAUUUAACUAAAGAUGCCCGAAGGGCAAACUUUCCAGAAAUAGGAGCGGGGCUCCGUCUACGUAGGGAACGUGACAAAGAUUUUCACGUUUCACGAUAUGCCUAGAAAUCUCACGAUCUGCCUGAUCUUACGAUACAUUCUCCUCGCAAAUUAUGUAUACCGAUGUCCCUCGCUAAUGUGUACUGAUGUGAUGAUGUCCCUCUGGCACUGUGAGCGGCGAGCGAAUCGGCAUCCAAUGUGAAGACCGCCUAAUCAUAUAAUGGAUCCAUCCAUAUGACACUAGAUGUAUGUUAAAUAAAGGUAAUAUGUAAACGAUGCUGUGACAUAGUGAUUUUUGUAAUUCCAACGUCUCUCAGAUGUUGCCUUGUCGCUUGAGAUUCUAUGCGCUCUAUCGUCAAGUUUGACUAAUAUGCGAAUUCGAAACGAAACCAACUUAAUUGUUCCUGUAGCGGACAAUUAUCGCUUUAUUACUUUAUAGUUCGUAUCAUCCACGGUGAUGCGCCGAUUUGUCAAAUCUAACCUUUAAUUAUAUGACAAUACGUCUUUAUCCACACGAAACAAUGGUAUUCCGGACACUUAGAAGGCGUGCGCGACGCAGCCUUUAGAUAGACGCCUCCUUGACACUUGAGAUGUAAGGCCUGGGGGGGUACACAUAGUGCCGGACCAGACGCACGCAGAACACGCAGCAAGGCUGUAUUGGGUGAAGUUAUUUAUAUAGUAAAGGAAUAUCAGCUCACACGUCGACCUGUGUCAUUUAUAUUUUGUUAUUGAUUUUUUGCUUACUCUGUACUCGUAGGUAUUUUUUUAUAUUAUUUAGUAUAUUGUUUAGAAUAUUUAUUUCAUGUUUUGCUUUACUUUUGCCAACCAAUCCGCAGUCCAAUAGAGUCAGACCAAGCUAUGUUGGCAGCGAUUUUGAUAGCCCAGACGGUGCAAGUGUUAAACAUCAAACUUCUGUGAAAUUAUGACGUUUACUUACCACUUGCAACGUCUGGGCUAUCAAGAUCGCUGCCAACUUAUCUUGGUUUGACCCUAGGUUGCGUCGAUUCUUGGUCGUUCGCCGCAUCGAACAAUGUUAGUUGCCUGGCAAUCUUUUACUUUGAUUCGGGAACCGCAUUAAUUGAACGACCUAUUGUGAUUGUUGAUACCCUUAAUUAUCCGCCUAUAAUAUGUAGGUACAUGUCAUUGAUUAUGGUUGGUAGUCACUGACAACUUGUGAGAUACUUUAAAACAAUUUAGCUAUAUUGCAUGUCUCCUAGGCCCUAUUUAGGGAAGACUUUAGGGAAACUCCUCAUGGUGCGAGUUUCGAAUUUGCAAUUAGUUAAGCAAAGAACUUCAAUUCUGAUUCUACUCCAUCCAGUAAGAUAGGAUAGCUAUCAAGUCAAUUUGUGAAUGAAAUCGCCUUUCAAAAUAAAGUCCUAAUCAUUAGGACAACGCGAUAAGCAUAACUUUUCUCUAGCGAUUAAUUCACUUGCAAGUUGAAAUAUCCAGUAAUUAGCACAUGUUUUUUUGUCAUUAGCACCCAGCUAUGCAGUUUACGACACUUAUGUAAUUAAUAUAAGGCUAAGCGUGCCAAUGAUUAGAACUGGAGCGCGUUUUAUUAAGUUGGUAAUGUGUAAUAUAAGACAAAAGAAAGUGUCUGGGUCUGACAAGGCACACAACAAAUCACAAUAAAACAGACAUCUGUAGUGCGUGUGAAUCUAGUGCCUGGUUCAGUAAAUUAUUGGAAUAGUUGGAACUACCUAAGGGUAUUCUCAUUUACCGCGCCUAGUUGGAGCAUAGUCUAGACUAGAUAAGUAAAUUUAAACUAUGUCCGUUUUUAUUUUUCAUCAGAGAAAAUGGUAUUGAAAUUGAGAAAAUAAUUGCUAUUUGUUCCAUGUCGAUGUAAGCGAAUUAUAACUUCCUUUAAAUAAAUUGGUAUAAAACAGUAGUCAGGUUAAAUAAACCCUCCUUUGGGUUAUUCCCACUAGUUACCAAUGGUAACUACUGGGAAUUUUUACCCACCUUUUACCACUAGGAAAAAAAAAUCCCAGUAGUGACCAUCAACUCGUUUUGGUGGUAACUACUUGUAAAAAGUGGGAAAAAAAUCCCAGUAGUUUCCGCUGGUAACAACUUGGUGGUAAGUAAUGGGAAUAAUUCCCUCCUUUUGCUCUCAGAUCCGGUGAAUUUAAAAAUGACUUUUCAAAGAGCUUUAUUGUAAAAUGUAGUACUCAAAACUUGAAAGGCUAAUUGGAACAGAAUCUCAAUCUGUAAUGUGUCGUUAUUAUUGUCUAGAUAUGUUUGACUUAAUCUCCGCUCUCACUAAAAAAAAUAUUUACGCAGCGAGUUAACCCCCAACGUAUGUAUUUUUUUUUAGAACAUAGGUACAGUCAAAAGAUUUAAUCUGUGACCCAUUUCGUACCUUGCCAGUGACAACAGUAUGAGGUCUCUAGCGACUAUAAUGUUGUUUGUCACUGUCACGAGGUAUGAAAUGGGUCACAAAUUAAAUCUUUUGACUGUAUUUGACUAAAAUGCUUGAAUUUAUUUCCAAUCACGUUAUUUGUACACUGCUCUAGUAAAUAUUUCGACCGAAUGCCCCUUUUAAUGAGAGUUGGAUGAAUGUUAGAUUCAUAAGGUUUACUAUUUCUUGCGUUCAUAUCAUUUCGUUAACAUAUCUUGAUUAGUACAAACAAUACAUAGUACAUGUGUUAAGUAGUUAAAAUCAAAGCAAUAGACACAUUCUCAAAAAUUAUGUGCAAACUAUAUACCUAAUAUUGGUGACAAAUAUCGAAAUGACUUUCGACAAAAAUCAUUCCGAGAUAACGUCCAUCUCCUGUAUAAAUUAAGGCCCAUUCUAUUUUUAGAACGAGUGAAACAAAACCCAGUGUCCUAAAAAAGGUUUAACCUACCUAUUUUAAAAUUUCUGACUACACGCUUAAUUUUUUGUAAGUUACUAUCAUAAGCCGUUUUAAACUUUUGACUAUUAUGUUCUAAAAUAGGCAUUAAGCCUAAAACAAAAUAUUCUAAGACCACCGAAACUCAUCAAUUUCUGAGUUUUUCGUUUAAUUAAUGUUUAAAGUGAGCUCAGCGUAACUUAUUUUUUAAGUCACGACACUGAGUCUCUAGAGUUAGACCAAGCUAAGAUGGCAGCGAUUUUGAUAGCCCAGAUUGUGCAGGGGUUAUUUUAAACGUCAAACUUCUAUGAAAUCAUGACGUUUAAAUAACACUUGCACAGUCUGGGCUAUCAAAAUCGUUGCAAACUUAGUUUGAUCUGACUCUACCUGUAUAACCCUAAGAUAUCCUAAGGUCCAGUAUUUUAGCUCUAGCUACUCUAGCUAGAGUCAUAUAACGUAAAGUCAAAAUAGAAUUAGACAGAGUAACAAUUCACAUUCACAAGCCAUUUACUAUAAUCUCAUAUCCACGAAUAAGAUUUUAAUAUUUGCUAUUAAACUGGUGCAGAAUUUUAUAAAAUGAUUGUAUGAUUGAAAUUAUUUGAGAUGAACGAAAUACCUACAGUUUGUAUGAAAUAUGGACUCCUUUUGCACAGACAGUAAAGUCGAUAUUUGAAUGGAUUAUUUUGUUGAGCUCGUGUCAAAUAAUUUCAAAUGAUACUGCAGAAUGUUUAUUAUGUACCUAUUUUUCUUUAGUACGGUAAUGUUUAUCGUCGAUGGAAAGCAUUUAUUUCUUUUUAUCUUUCUAGAAAUUUUAUAAGUGCGAGAGAGACGAAUGCUUUUCGUCGGUGGUAGCCUAGGGAUCUUGUAAAUUGUCUAGUUUCGCUAAGAUAGUGCGAUAACGUGUAUUGUGAUUGACGCCAAUUGGUUUUAUAUUGUACUGUGAUGGUAUGCCUACUAAUUUAUUAUUUGUUGAGUUUUCUUUUUUUUCUGUUUAUCGAAGUAAUCUCUAAUAUUGAAUCUAUUGUAUUAGAAGUAGAGGACUUAAGGUUGGUGAUUUCUUAUUGGUUUGCGCAAAAUAUAGGCUCCGGCAGACGUAGUGAGUGAGCAUGAGCAGGUGGGGGUGGUUUGAACGUGGGCUCGUGUAUGGGACGAAUAAUUUAUUUGACAGGUUGUCAGUAUAACAAAUGGAGCUCACGAAGUUCACUUGGCCUCAGACUGGACGCAAAUGGCGCGCGGCGUGGGAAGCAGCUCAUUUGAAGCGUUGAUUCGCAGCUCGCCGCGCCUUACAGGCCUACCACUUAGGCGGUUGCGCGGUGAUUUACUUUUAGAGAUAGCCGAGUUUUGGACUAAAACUAUUUGUAUUAGGUACAUUUUUACUUAAUACAAACCUGCUUCACGCAGCCAAGCUUUCAACCAGUCCGUAGUUGACCACAACCUAUUACUGCCUACUUACUAUAAAAGCCGAUUGGUAAGACCAAUCGGCUCACUUAAGAGGCUGUCAAUACCUAAAGCGCGCACACUGUCUAUUUGUAUCGGAGUAAAUGAGAUAGCACUGUCGCAUGUUACUGCGCCUGGGAAAGGGAAUAAUAAGAAAAAUAUUUAAAUAAAAAAAAGUGGAUUAUUAGUGUAAUAUUUUACUCAACCACGGUUUAGAUAUAAAUGUUUUGAAAUUAUGAUUUUAAUUGCAGACCCAUAAGUCAAAACAAUAAAGACAUAAAACCGUUUAAUUGUGAUUUUAAGACCAAUCUUUGCAAUUAUUUUCUAUCGAGCCGAUUUCGUUCGAGUACAACCACGGUCUUGGAAAUAUAAUUAAUAUGAAUAUAUAUUUUUCUUACUUGACUAAAACAAAUAGUCUUUCUUAAAAAACUGUUUAAGUAACAUCAAUUUCAACGACAUUGGGUGUUGACAGCCUCUUAAACGGUAGACCUAGCAUGCAUGCAGGGCGGGCGCGGUGCAGUUUGCGCGCGGGCGGGCAGCGGUUCCGCGUUAUAUUUACGUAACAGCACACACUGCGUAUAGCAGUGGUUCCUAACCUUUUCAGUACUGUCACCCCGUUGGUUUUACCCCUCGUCCAUAAUUACUAAUAUUCUUUCUUAUAGCCUCCUGUAGGGCUAAGAUGGUUGGCUCUUUAUCAUUUGUCACCAUGCCAGUCACGUUCUAACAAGUAUGUAAGUGCGAAAGUGACGGGCAUAGUGAGAGGUGAUAAAAAUGGAACCAUACUGCCACCGCUGUAUCCCAGAAGCGAUGUUUUGUUUUUGAAUUUGGAACUAUGUCUUGUCUUGUGUUUAGUAAAAGUUAAAAAUAAUGUUUGGAAUUUGUCCUGUAUAAAGGCCUCUGGGACUCAGGAGGUAAUAUCUUUUUUCUUUGAUUAGCUGAUCACCCCCGUAAAAUACCAGUUUACGCCCAUGGGGGUUAUUACCCCCAGGUUAGGAACCACUGUGCUGCAGCAAUAUUUUCCCAUAAUUCUCUGGAAAUUCCUCCAGCUGUUAUGGUUGUAGAUGGAACUUAGCACGGGUUACAGUCACCAAAUAAUGAGAUGCUAAUAAAGCGGCUUCUCCUGGAAAUUUGUGAAUAGGUAUUGGGUAUGGCCAGGGGAAUGAUAUCUUUGUCCACUCAGGAGCCCACGUUUACAUUCACCUAGCUAACUCUCUUCAGACUUUGCAGUGACGUCUAUAAUGACAUUUCACACAUGGGGAGUUGGCUUAGACGGAUUUCUAUCACGCUCACAUUACUAUUUAAGUCUGGCGUAAGUUCAGAGCCAGUUUACAAUGUCCUUUUUUGGAAGGUGUGGCAAUUGGUCCAGUGUAAACUCGCCCUUAGGAAUGGGGUAAAACUGUAAAGCUAUUUCUCAUUAUACAUUACGAAACGUCGAAGCUCAUUUAGAGUAGAUAAUUUAGAUGGCGAUGUUUCGAAUAUUUUGCGCAGUCAGAUGUUUAUGGUCGAGGAUAAUCAGAAUUAAUCACUUUUAUUUAGAUGUAAGCAAACAAUAUUUGUCAAAGAGAGAUUUAUAAAGAGUAUAGGCCGUAA